GAAACUGGAAUCUAAAGCCUGUUACACAGAUGGGAAACUAGUCUCUCACUUCCCGGAAGCUGAACCGCAGAAUCAUGGCGACCGUGUCAGUGUGUCAGUAUCAACCAAGCGGUUUCAGUUUCGAAAACUGUAAGAGAAAUGCUCUUCUGGAGGCAGAUGUCAGCAAGCUCGGAUUUAAUGUCCCAGCUGCUCGCAAAACCGGCACCACCAUCUGUGGAAUCGUUUACAAGGAUGGUGUUAUUUUAGGUGCAGACACACGUGCGACUGAAGGAAUGAUUGUCGCUGAUAAAAACUGCUCUAAAAUUCACUACAUCUCUCCUAAUAUCUAUUGUUGUGGAGCCGGUACAGCCGCAGACACUGAGAUGACCACACAGAUAAUCUCCUCUAACCUGGAACUCCAUUCUCUGUCCACCGGCCGUCUCCCACGUGUUGCCACCGCCAACCGCAUGCUCAAACAGAUGCUCUUCAGGUAUCAAGGUUAUAUUGGUGCUGCUUUAGUUCUUGGAGGGGUGGAUUGCGCCGGCCCUCACUUAUACAGCAUUUACCCCCAUGGUUCAACAGACAAACUGCCCUAUGUCACUAUGGGUUCCGGCUCUCUGGCAGCAAUGGCAGUCUUUGAAGAUCGCUUCAGGCCAAACAUGGAGGAGGAAGAGGCCAAGCGUCUGGUGCGAGAUGCAAUUGCGGCUGGUAUUUUUAAUGAUCUUGGCUCUGGCAGCAACAUUGACCUGUGUGUGAUCACUAAGGGGAAGGUGGACUACCUGAGACCCCACGACAUAGCUAAUAAGAAAGGCGUCAGAACCGGAAGCUACAAGUACAAGCCUGGAACCACCGGGGUUCUGGCGAAAGUCGUGACUCCUCUGAACCUGGAGGUGGUAGAGGAGACUGUGCAGACCAUGGACAUCUCAUGAGAAGACACAACCCUCUUAAUGAAAAGACACGACCGACCAUGAAUUGAUGUAUUAUUUUCCCAAUAACCAUUUUCCCUCUCCUUUGUGGUGGUAUAGUUGUUUUUCAGUAUUUCCAAUAAAAAAAAGUUGU